AAAUUAGACUCCUUAUAUAAUAUUAUAGAUAACUAAUAAAAUAAUAAGCAUUUUAAUUCUUUUUUUAACAAUAAUUUUAUUGAGAAAGUCCUUUAAAAAAAUUCUUGCUCAACAAUUAAUGAAAAUUAAUAAUAUUUAACAGUAUAAGGAUUUAAUAUUACAGAAUGUAAUUAAGUAAAAUAGAAUAUUUUUUCCUCAGGCUUGAUUUCAUCAACAAAAUGGUUUUUGUAGUUGUUUGAAAGCUAAUAUUAAUUAUAUUAAGCUGAUGGCUUAGAUAAUUCUGAUUUUUUUUUUUCAAAUAUGUCCAUUGUUUUUAGUGAGUUAUCUCUUUCAGAUUAAUUCUACUACUAAAAGUAUUAUGAAUACAUCAUAAAUGCAUUGACUGAGUUUACUAUGAAAAAUUCUUAUGAUAAUUACACCUUUUUUAUAAAAUUAAAUAUCAUAAUGAUAUCUAUUUAGCUAGCCUUGUUUGUGAUACUUUCUCAGUUCAUUUAUCUGAAAUUUUACUCAAAUAUGUUUAACAAAAUUUAAAAAACAAAAUUAGUCUUAGACCUAAUAGAUCUAAAUUUUAUAUUAGAAAAUUAGUAUAUAAUGUCUUAUUUGUGCAAAUAUAAAUGA